CUGUAAACUACUCCAUAUUUGCCAAAUGUAUUUCUUUAUUCUACGUAUAUGUGAGGUACCAAACAUGAGUGAUUGCGGACGCUAGACCGGAUGCUUCGUCCUCUCAGCUUUAUCAAUGUUUUAAGCUCUCGUUCUUCUCUACUCCGCGAAGCUCUAGCUUGUCAAUCAACGCCCAAGAGGAUUUCUCGCAUAGUUCGACUUCCCACUCGAACGAUGAGUACUGACACUUCAGCUAGCAUGCCUACUCCGCCAGUGGCGAAGAAGGUGAGGCACGAGAUGGAGCUUUUCGGCGACGUGAGAGUAGACGACUACUAUUGGCUGCGAGACGAUAGCCGCUCGGACCCUGAAAUUCUCGCUCACCUCCGGGAGGAAAAUGACUACACUGAUCGCGUCAUGUCUGGCACAAAAAAAUUGGAAGAACAGAUAUAUGCUGAGAUAAGAGCAAGAAUCAAGGAAGAUGAUAUAUCAGCACCUAUUAGACUAGGGCCUUAUUACUACUACGAAAGGACACAACAAGGCAAGGAAUAUGCUCAACACUGUAGACGCCUUGCACCAAACCAGGAAGCAGCAUUAUCUGUUUAUGAUACCAUGCCAACGGGGCCGGAUGCCCCACCAGAGCAUGUAAUCCUUGACGAGAAUGUUAAAGCUCAAGACUGUGAAUUUUACACUAUUGGUGCUUUUAAAGUUAGUCCUAACAAUAAGCUAGUGGCUUAUGCCGAAGACACAAAAGGAGAUGAGAUAUAUACUGUUCAUAUUAUUGACAUUGAAUCUCGAGCACCAGUUGGAAAGCCUCUUGUUGGUUUGACAUCAGAACUUGAAUGGGCAGGUGAUGAGGCCAUAGUUUAUGUCACAAUGGAUGAAACUCUUCGGCCUGACAAGGCGUGGUUGCACAGGUUGGGAACAGACCAAGCUCAUGACACCUGCCUAUUUCAUGAAGAGGAUGAUAGGUUUUCAUUAGAUCUUCUGGAAUCUGAGAGCAAGAAAUAUCUAUUUAUAUCUCCCGGGAGUAAAACUACAAGAUUUGUUUUAUAUCUAGACAUUUCAAAACUUGAAGAUGGGUUAGUCCUUUUGACACCACGAGUAAGCGGAGUUGAAACAUAUGUUAGUCAUCGGGGAAAUCAUUUUUUUAUCCAGAAGAGGAGUGAUGAAUGUUUUAACUCUGAAUUGCUAGCAUGCCCCGUGGAGGAUAUAUCAAAAACAACUGUCCUUCUUCCCCACCGACCAAGCAUAAAGAUCCAAGACAUUCAACUUUUUCGCAAUCACAUUGCUGUUUAUGAGCGUGAAAAAGGUUUGCCCAAAAUAACUGUGUAUAACCUUCCUGCUGUUGGAGAGCCCUUUGAGAAACUUAAAGGUGGUCGAGCUGUUGAUUUUAUUGAUCCAAUAUACUCCGUAGAUCCAUCAAAGUCUCAAUUUACAUCCAGCAUCCUAAGGUUUUCCUAUAGCUCCCUCAAAACUCCUCCUUCUGUAUAUGACUAUGACAUGGACACUGGAGUUUCUGUUUUGAAGAAGAUUGACACGGUAUUGGAAGGCUUUGAUUCAUCAAACUAUGUGACUGAAAGGAAAUGGGCUACUGCUUCAGAUGGGGUUGAAAUACCUAUAUCAAUUGUUUAUAAUAAGAAUCUUGUGAAGCUUGACGGUUCAGAUCCUCUUCUUCUUUAUGGUUAUGGUUCUUAUGAGGUUUGCAUUGAUCCAUAUUUCAAGGCAGCGAGACUCUCAUUGUUGGACAGAGGAUUCAUUUAUACAAUUGCUCAUAUUCGUGGGGGUGGUGAAAUGGGGAGGCCGUGGUAUGAAAAUGGGAAACUGCUGAAGAAGAGAAAUACUUUCACAGAUUUCAUUUCUUGUGCAGAGUAUUUGAUUGGGAAGGGGUAUUGUACCAAAGAAAAGCUAUGCAUUAAUGGUAGAAGUGCUGGGGGGUUACUGAUUGGUGCUUCAGUGAAUAUGCGUCCUGAUUUAUUUAAGGCAGCUGUAGCUGAAGUUCCUUUUCUGGAUGUUUUAACCACAAUGCUUGACCCAACUAUUCCUCUUACAACUUCUGAGUGGGAGGAAUGGGGGGAUCCUCGUCAAGAAGAAUAUUAUUUCUACAUGAAGUCGUAUUCUCCUGUUGAUAAUGUAAAGGCACAAAACUACCCCGCAAUUCUUGUUACAACUGCUUUAAAUGAUACACGUGUUCUAUAUUCGGAACCAGCAAAGUUUGUAGCCAAGUUAAGAGAUAAGAAGACUGAUGACAAUAUACUACUGUUCAGAUGUGAAUUCAGCGCUGGGCACUCUUCGAAAUCGGGAAGGUUUGAAAAGCUCAAGGAAGUUGCCUUUACAUAUGCUUUCAUAUUGAAGGCUUUAAACUGGACACCUUCAACAACUUCCCAGCCCAACUUAUGAAGUUGCAUUCAGUAAUUACGGAUACCUGUUCUCUUUCCCCACCAUAAUACCCCAAGAUGUAUCCCCUUUAUUGAACCUCGUUCAAAAGAGUAUUGGAUAGGAAGUUACAUUUUAUAUGAUCAAUCUUUGAGGGCAUCAUACUAUCAGAGAAACAGAGGCGAUAUGAUUGUUUUAUUUAGUAUGAAUGAAGAUAAUAUAUAGAGCUUUGGAUAACAG